GACCUGGCCCUGCUCGGCAACCGUAUACGAGGCAAGAAAACAAGGGCCCUAGACGUCACGCUUAUAAUCAUUGGCCUUAGGGAGCUAUGCAAAGCGCAAAAAUUUGAAAUUUCGGGCCGGUAUGCCAUUCGUUUGUAAUAGAGGCUGGCCACCUGCGUUGCACCGUCUGUUGGGCUGUGGUCAGCCUAAGCGCGGGGAAUAUGCACGUGCGGAGUGAGUACUUUUUCCAGGAACGGAUUAAUUCAUCGAUUACCAGUUCAUCGCUUGUUACGUCCACUCCACGAGAGCCAACAGCCUGGGCCUUAGGUUUACACAUAUAUAAUUGCAACAUGCCCAAAGAUCGUAAAUACCACCAUUUUCCCUCCCUGAUGAAGCGACGACGCGCUCCAGAGCCUCCUAAUGACCAGCUACAGGGGUCAACGCCCAAUUUUUCCAACAUCCGGAUUGCUGUUUCUGCAACUGAGAACGACGGGACGAUUCGCGGAGAUCAUGAUCAGCCAGAAGGAUCACAUCCUGGUAACCUUUCCUCUGGUAGCACAUUAAAGGAUGAUGCCGCAGAGCAGCGAACGCGCCUUCGAGACAGGAUAUCCGAGCUAUUCAGGAGAAGCCCCAGCCCCAAUCGUCGCAACCAAUCAAGUACACCCCAGCCCAAUUAUCCUGUGACCGAGACAUCUCCAAACGGCCCACGGCCAUUGCUAUCUCCCCUUCCCACCGAAGUGAUUCCUACUGCGUUAGUUGGUGACGAUGAAGCGAGCGUAGGCACGCAGCAAGAACCGUCAGAUAUCGGGCCGUUAGCCCCAGCUGCUUCAUCAGUGACAGCGGAAUCGGCGUCUCGUAGAUCUGAUGGCAAUCGAAAGGAUAUAAUCGCCGGUGGCACCAAAGCCUUUCUCCAAACCGCGGCCACUGCUCUCAAUGCAUGCGAGUAGAAUGUUAGCGGGAACGCCGAGGAUCUCAAGCAGUUGUGCGACGUGAUUCAGCAAGCGAAGGACUCGGUGUUUGAACCCCUCCAGACGUGGAUUGGAAAGAUCCCUCCUGAGCUUGAAACC